AUGGCAAAGCGGGUGUAUGAUCCCAUUCACGAUACUUAUCAGAUACAAGUUACUCCAGAGCCGCCUGUGCUUUCACAGCCGCGACCAGAUGGUAACGAAGAGGAAGACAGAGACUCGGAUUCUACUCAGUCAGAACCUUCUCAAUCAGCUGCAAUUUCCAUGCCAGAUUCUUCUAAUGACGAAAAUAAAUAUUAUGAGAAGGAAUCAACGGUGUCCGCAGAUUCUCCUAAUUCAGCAUUGCCAUCUGAUUCACAGCAUUCCGUAAUACCUCCUCCGCCACCAAUGGAGCUGGUUCAAUACCCAGGGAAUGAGAGGAAAUCCAAACAUUCUCAUGCUAUGAACUUUAUGACAACUACCCUGAGACCAAAACCUAAGGCAAAAGAACCAAGCCGAUACACUCGCCAUUUAAAGAAAUCUGACGGUGAACCUUUCACUCGUAAGGACAUUCAAUAUGAGUUCCUUUCGAACCUUCUAUCUGACACAAGACAAAUAUUUAGUAAUCCGUUCCAAGAUUUCUUUCCCUUGGAAUACACACCAGAGGAAGGUAAAGUGGUGAACGUCACGGAUGUGGACUAUAAUGCAAGAACUUUCAUCAAAACCGAAAAAUUAACUUUUUCUCAGAUAUACAUUUUAACUAUCGCUUCUUCAAGUAAAUGUUCCAAAGUAUUACGGGAUAAACUACUUUUUGAUCAUCAUGUAGCGUUUUCUACGUGCAUAUUAUCAUUGUUGGUGAAUAUGGGAAGAUUGAAUACGACUGUAAAUUUCUUUCUCGAAAUGACUUCCCAGCUGCGUACCUUCCAUUCAAUUCCAUGUCUACAGCACUAUAGUUCAGAUCCUAAAUCAUUACAAGAUACUCCAAGGAUUAAGUCGAUCCUCAAAACUAUCCCACUUGGGUCCGACACUCCAAUAGAGUUUCAUAAAUGGUACGCAGCAGAUUACCCCCGUAAUCCUAGCGAAUGGGUAAAUCCAGUAUCUUUGAUAUUUGCUUUUUGCGAACAACAUGCCAUACUAGAUUGGAAUAUUAUAAUUCCUAAUUGUAAGCCCAAGACCUCUCUUUACCAAUUAUUUGAUGAUAAUAAUUAUUCUCCACAGCUACGAGUCAAUCUUUUCUUGUGGUUGAUGUAUAUCCAUAUGGAGACGAACCUCACACCGGAAUCGUUACAGUCUUCGAAACCUCUCUUCCAAGUCGAACCAAACGGAACGUUCUUAUUGACUGCGUCUCAUUUAGAACAUGAUAUUGACACUCCAGUAGAGGUAACAUACGGAGAAGAGCAAUUGGAAAAGAGAAUAAGCUUUUUGAAUCAAACAGGAGCAGAGAGGACGAUUGUCCAACAGACGAUGGAAACUCCUCCUACAGGCCCCGAUGAUGAACCGUUGGAUCCAGAAGCAGCACUAGAAGAACCGGUACCGGCUCCUCCACCACCAAAGCCCAAGCAGUCACGAGCUACAUCAAAGGAAAAAGGAGGGAAGUCACAACCGGUGAUAAUCCAACAAGAUACACAGCGAAAGAAGAGACAGUCGAAUGCAGCAGGUUCUAAAAAUAAUUCGGAAGAAAACAACAAUAACUCUGAAAGUAAAGCUGCAAUAAGGGCUAAGAUUCAACAAGAUAAAGAUGAGCGAGUACAGCAAAAAAUUGAUCUUGAUAAAAAUUUUAAAAUUAGAGAUGAUUUGACUCAGACUCAAUUGAGAACUAAAUUGAUUGAAGCCCAUAAAAUCACCAACAAGAAAAACCAUGAGUUAGGCUUAGUUAAGUUAUUUGACGAAUUCGAAGAUGUUCCUCUUGCAACUAUUAUUGGUAUCCGGGGGAAAAAGAGAAAGAAGUUCAGUGACGGCAUUUUAGGAUAUGAGACAGACAUGUUAGGAGUGCUACGCCAUUCAAAAAGAACAAUGCUCAAAAGGCUAAGAGAGAAACGCGGAGUGCCCAACCCUGAAGAAGAAAACAGCUCUGCUGUCCAAGAAGCAACGACUGAACCAAAAGUAAUGGCUGAAUCCACUGCAGAAACUCUGGCGGCAGAUCCAACUGAAAAAGUGGAAAACGAAAGGAACGGAACUGCCUUCCAUGACAGCUGA